UUGGAGGCAUCUAUUGCUUUAUGAAGACAAGUAGGGUGACUGCAUUUAAAAUGAUACUGGAGACUACAUUUCUUAGGUGUGUAGCUGCAUACAGGGCGAUUGAGAUGCCAUGGGCUUUUUUUUUUGCUGUUUUACAGUCACAGUGAGGGCAAGGAAGAGGUUUAGGACCCCUACGAACCUGUCUUGCAGGGAGAGUUACUUCGUGCUGAUUAUGGUUACAUUCAUCAUGAAGAGUUGGAAAGAGCAAGAACGUUGACCCAUAUAGAAGAAAAAUGGUUUCAUGUUGAUUUCUUCUAGCCAAUGGUGAUCAAAUAUUUCAGAAGAAAACUGGGUUUGAGCGAGGUUUUAGGAAUGGACUUGAAACCUGCCUGACCGCGCCCCCCCCCCCCCCCCACCCCCGGAGCCACUGCUGCGGAGGAGCUGGAUCAGCAAGGCAACCGGGACGGCACGGAAUCAGCGCCAAAGCCCAGAAAAGAUAUCCCUAAACGCGGCUAAGUAGAGCCCCACGGCGGAAGCCAGGAAAGAACUUCCGGCGGUGCCGGGUGGGGGCGGGACUUCCGCUGGCUGCUGGGCGUGGGCGAGCCCGGGGCGGGAUUUCCGGAAGUGCCGGAAGUGGGGGGUGCGCCAGUUUGGGGUCGCGGGGUCGCGUCAGUGCAGAGUCCGCCGGUGUCCUGCACGUCUGCUGUACAUCCUGGGUGCCUUGUCGUGGGGACCUAGUGGCUCAGUGCGACCCGGGCUGGCUUCGGUCAUUGCGGCAGCUGUGACCGCUUCUUGCAGGAGUGACCAGGAUACUACCUUCUAGAAGUAAUGCCCACAGAAAGCGGAAGUUGUUCAACUGCUCGUCAAGCAAAACAAAAACGCAAAUCACAUAGCCUUUCUAUACGAAGAACUAACAGCUCAGAACAGGAGAGGACAGGCUUACCAAGAGAGAUGUUAGAAGGACAAGAUUCUAAACUGCCUUCCUCAGUUCGCAGUACACUUCUGGAACUGUUUGGUCAAAUAGAAAGAGAAUUUGAAAACCUUUAUAUUGAAAACUUAGAAUUGCGCAGAGAAAUUGAUACUCUUAAUGAACGCUUAGCAGCUGAAGGACAAGCGAUUGAUGGGGCAGAACUGAGUAAGGGUCAACUCAAAACGAAAGCUAGUCACAGUACCAGUCAGCUUUCUCAGAAACUAAAGACCACUUACAAGGCUUCCACCAGCAAGAUUGUGUCUAGCUUUAAGACCACCACAUCGCGGGCCGUCUGCCAGCUUGUGAAGGAGUACAUUGGCCACAGAGAUGGCAUCUGGGACGUUAGUGUUGCAAGGACACAGCCUGUGUUGCUUGGGACUGCAUCUGCUGAUCACACAGCUCUGCUGUGGAGCAUAGAGACAGGAAAGUGCCUUGUCAAAUACUCGGGCCACGUGGGUUCAGUAAAUUCUAUAAAAUUUCAUCCCUCAGAGCAGUUGGCUCUCACUGCCUCUGGAGAUCAGACUGCUCAUAUUUGGAGAUAUGUGGUACAGCUGCCGACACCCCAGCCUGUUGCCGACACUAGUCAGCAAAUAUCUGGAGAAGAUGAAAUAGAAUGCUCUGAUAAAGAUGAGCCCGAGACUGAUGGGGAUGUGUCCAGUGACUGUCCUACCAUUCGGGUUCCACUCACAUCUCUCAAAAGCCACCAGGGAGUGGUCAUAGCGGCCGACUGGCUGGUUGGAGGGAAGCAGGCAGUGACGGCUUCAUGGGACAGAACAGCAAACCUGUAUGAUGUCGAGACGUCUGAACUUGUUCAUUCUCUCACAGGGCACGACCAGGAGUUAACGCACUGUUGUACACACCCCACCCAGCGGCUUGUGGUGACCUCCUCUCGUGACACAACUUUCCGUCUCUGGGAUUUCAGGGACCCUUCCAUCCAUUCUGUAAAUGUUUUCCAAGGACACACAGACACUGUGACCUCGGCUGUGUUCACUGUGGGAGACAAUGUUGUUUCAGGCAGUGAUGACCGCACCGUAAAAGUCUGGGAUUUGAAAAAUAUGAGAUCCCCAAUUGCAACGAUUCGCACAGACUCUGCCAUUAACAGGAUCAAUGUAUGUGUUGGCCAGAAGAUCAUAGCCCUUCCCCAUGACAACAGACAAGUGCGAUUGUUCGAUAUGUCAGGAGUGCGACUGGCGCGGCUUCCCCGGAGCAGUCGGCAGGGCCACAGAAGAAUGGUGUGUUGCUCAGCAUGGAGUGAAGACCACCCCAUAUGCAACCUGUUCACCUGUGGGUUUGAUAGGCAAGCCAUUGGUUGGAACAUCAACAUUCCUGCAUUGUUACAAGAAAAAUAAGUUUGCCAGUGUUCCUUAAUUUUGUGGUUUGCCAUGGACCUUUGAUUCAUGCAGGCUUUUCUGCAUAUUAAUCAGCCAUUUUUGUGAGAGUUUGGCCCUGGAAGGGUGCUUUAUAUAUGUUGUUUUCACAUUGUGCCCAGCUUGCAUGAAAUGUACAGAAAAAUGUAUGAUCAUAUUUUUUAUUUUUCU